UCAAAGGUGUACAAAUGGACAUGCUUCUAGUCUCCAAGCUUAAAGGACGGGCUCAUGAGUGGUUACAUGCCAAUAGUACGCGCAUUUUGGAACCCGUGGGCAACAUCUGUGAGCAGCUCGUCGAGUCGUUCGGGAAAACUGUGUCUCAAGCAGAUGCCAGGCGCUUAUUCGAGUCUCGAAUUUGGAGCGCCAAUGAGAGUUUCGUCAGUUACAUCGAUGAGAAGGCCAGGCUGUCAGAUGCUAUCUGCAUCAGCGAAGAGGAGCGAGUAGACAAAGCCAUUGAAGGGAUUCCUGUGGAGGGACUCCGCAUUCAAGCGCAGAUUCAAGGAUUCAAAUGCAUUGCAGAAUUACGCCGUGCAUUUUCAGGCAUUCAGCUACCGGUACAGCGAGCAGCAAGAGAAACUACAAAGGUGGCCGCUACGGGCAGACGUUCCAAAGAAGGUUUCCGUUGCUACAACUGCAACUCGAAGGGCCACAUGAGCAAGGACUGUAAGAAACCCGACAGAGUGCCAGGGUCCUGUUUCGGAUGCGGUGCCUUGGAUCAUUGGGUGGCUAAGUGUCCACUUAAUAAGGAGAAGCUGGCUAAAGGAUGCGACGACCAUGCUUCAUAGACUCAGGCAGUGAUGUUUCACUUAU